CUCAAGGACACGCCCACCAUUAGAAAAUAUUGUUUUUCCUUUUGCUUCAAGUGAUGAACUUCUUUUGAGAAGCAAGUCUGUGUCUCAAACCCCACAAAGAACCACUUCCAGCGAACUACCUCAAUUUUACAAAUAAUACUACUACUUCACAUUAGUUGGCUCCCGCCAUUUUCAAAAUCACCAUUCUCAACUUCAACAACUAAUUGUAUAUAUAAUGCAGAAACAGAGCUGAAAGGUUUGAUCCGCGGAUAUUUCGAAAAUAGUUAUGGGAACGGUGGACAGAUCAAAGAAAAAAACCCAGCUAUGGAAGAAAGCUGCUUUUCAUUUCGUGUUAUGUUUUGUAAUGGGAUUUCUCACCGGAUUUGCUCCCACUGGGAAGGCUUCAGUAUUUUCUCGUAAUCGGGUCUCUGUUACAAACAUAACAGAUUUUUCUCCUCAACCAUUAGAAGUGAUUCAUUUGGUGGACGGAAGCCCUGCGGCGGUGCCUGCCGAAACAUUAAAAUCCGAUGAAGAUGGUAGUGAUUCUGAUGCGGGAAUUUCGAAGGAGGAAGAAGAAGAAGAAGAAGGUGAUUUAAAUCCAAGGGGACUAAUAAUUAUUGUUACUCCAACAAGCAUGAAAGAUAGGCUUCGUGGGGUGAGGCUUAGGAGGCUUGCAAACACCUUGAGAUUGGUUGCGCAGCCGCUGUUGUGGGUGGUUGUGGAGCAGCAAUCGGAUUCGGAUGAGGUGUCGGAGAUACUCCGACAGACGGGAAUUAUGUAUAGGCAUUUGGUGUUUAAGGACAACUUCACAGAUUUCCAAACUGAGAUGGAUCACCAAAGGAAUGUGGCUUUGAAUCAUAUCGAGCACCACAGAUUAAGUGGAAUUGUCCAUUUUGCUGACUUAUCCAAUGUCUAUGAUCUCAGCUUCUUCGACGAGAUUAGAUCAAUCGAAGCAUUUGGAACUUGGCCAAUGGCAUUUUUAUCAGCAAACAGAAAGAAGGUGAAUAUAGAAGGACCAAUAUGUGAGGGUUCAGAUGUGAUAGGAUGGCAUUUGAAGAACAUCAACAAUCAAACAGAUGGAGUAGUAACAAGGCCUGCAAUUCACAUCUCCAGCUUUGCAUUCAACAGCUCCAUCUUAUGGGAUCCUGAAAGAUGGGGUCGAACUUCAUCUGCUCAGGACACUUCCCAGGAUACAUUAAAAUUUGUGAAGAAAGAGGUUCUUGAAGAGGAGACACAACUAAGAGGAAUUCCAUCCGAAGAUUGCUCCAAAGUUUUGGUGUGGAACGUUCGCCUUCAACAUAAGAGGAAUACUUUGCUUUGAUGUUGAUAGCAGUUGGAGAUAGUGCACUUAUUAUACUAGACUAGUUUUAGAGCUGUCACAAUAAUGUAAUUGCCCAAUUUUCCAAUUUUCAUCUUAUUUUUUAAGAUCUUAAUUCGUUUGACUUUGUAGUUACAUAGUUCAAAUUUUGGUAACGAGCUAAAGAUGAUACAAGAAUUGAUUUAGCAUUGCAAAAUCAGAGAUUUCAGAAAAGUUUCAUAUUACUGGAAUGAAUAGUUGACAUAACGAUUUAAGGCGUUCGUCCUGAUUGCAUGUCAGACCAUAUAAGUUGCUCAAAAAAAAAUAUUGGGACGGACCAAGCAGCUAAUUUAUGGGCCUUCAAUCAGCCCAAUUAAACGUGUUGGUCUUUGACCCUUUAUUAUACACUUCCGAAACCCAUGAAA